UAAUCGCAAAAAAAGAAGAAAGAUGGAACUUCAGCAUUUUGUGUGUACGGCCACACACACACGCGUGCUGAUUACAGGGGGCGUUGAUGAAUUUACGAUGACGUAGAUAGCGCCUAGAUAGUCCUAUUUUCAAAACGGCAAACAAGAUCUUGCCAUCCACAUUCCCUCUCGAACUUGCAUCACACUCCUAGACACCGAACGAUACAGGACGCCAAACGGACAGCGGAUAAUAGAAUCUGCGAAAAACAGUAUUCGAGAACGAGUUCAGUUUCCUUCGCCACUAUAACUGUUAUCACUGAAUCUCUGAUCGACCUUGUCCAAGAAUGAAUCGUCGUCAAGGAAACCAGGAUUCGGACGGACGUGUGGGCACGGCAGCUCUGCCACCGCAUCUGCUGCGACUUUUUGCACCGCGCCCGCCUCUGCCCUAUGCAAAGCCAUUGGAUCGGGAUCCCGGAAAGAAGGACGAGCCGCGGUUAAUGCCUGUAUCACAAUACCUGGAUAUGUGCAAGAAUCAUGAUACAGACUAUGUCCCCACGUUGAGCAUAGCAGAGAGGAAGAAGCAAAAGUUGGAGGAACGAGACAGAAAGGCUCAGGAAGCUUUGAAGACAGGACUAGAAGCAUGGGACCCAAACAAAGAUGAAAAGGUUGUUGGCGAUCCAUAUAAGACAUUGCACAUUUCUCGCCUUCAGAGCUACGAGUGUACUGAGAAGGAUUUGCGGCGCGAGUUCCAGAUGUAUGGCCCUAUUGAAAACGUUAGAGUUGUUAAAGAUCCGGAGGGGAAGCCCAGAGGAUACGCAUUUAUCGAAUUCGAGCGUGAGAAAGACAUGAAGGCAGCAUAUAAGGAUGCGGAUGGUAUCAAGGUUCUGGGGCGCCGAAUCGUUGUUGACGUUGAGCGUGGCAGGACAGUAAAGGGGUGGAGACCAAAACGCUUAGGUAAGGUUCCUUAAUCGCCUGUCCACUAAACAUCCGUACUUUGUGGUCACAUAAUAGCUUACUAACAAUAUGUUGUUAAUUAUGUAUGUCUGUUAGGCGGAGGACUAGGUGGUACACGUAUUGGAGCACCGCACGAGAAUCAGUCAUCUUCAGGAAGGGACAAUCGACAUGAGAGAGAGCGGUCUCGUGGUGGUGGCGACCGUGGCUAUGGCGGACGCAAUGGGGGCGACCACAGGGAUGGACGUGGUGGAGAUAGAGAUCGUGGAGGA